AUGGCGGCGGCACUAGUCGUCCUCCUGUCAUGGGUAGCUCUUGCUGUGGCCAGGAGACAGUGUGGACCAGCGGAGGAGAGAGGCCGAUUACGUUUUGCAGGUGUUGUGUUUCAUGAAAAAAUUCUGAGAAAUUCGCAGCAGUGCUUCAACCUUUGCUGGUCAACAACUCCGUGUAAGACUGUGAACUUUUCCUUCAAGACCAGGAAGUGUUCCCUGAUGAAAACUAAGCAUCAACGCCCAACCGACCUGGACGUAGAUUUCAACAAUGUGUACGGAGUGGUGUCCCGACCUCAGUGCAAGUCUUUCAGAAACCCUUGUGAUGACCGGCCAUGCAAAGAAAGCUUCACCUGUUUUGGUUACGACAAAACGCAUACAUGCGUCCCAGCAAAGCCCCCCCGAAUCCGAUGUCCACCCCCAAAGCCUCUCCCCAAUGCCCGUGUACGAGCCACCGGGAGAUGGCGCAAGAAAGUAGCAACGUUCACCUGCAAGAAAGGAUUCAAGUUCAAAGGGAACAGUAACAGCAGCAUCUGUACCAAACAUGGCUUGAAAGGCAUCUGGAAGGGCCUGGACGGAAAAUGCAUACGUCUUAGGUGUGCCGAGCCGGUUGAGGUAGACAACGCACUGCUGAUGCCUGGGCCCACGCUUGCUGGCAGUACCAGGGCAUACACCUGCAACAACGUCAACCAGUCCGUAACUGUCAUCUGCCACAACAACGAGACAUGGAGCAGUCAUCAUCUGCACUGCCCUGUUGACUGUGGAGCUCCCCCCAACAUCAGUAACACCGUCGUGUCUGAUGGCGGGACCCUGGAGGGGAGCAACCGAACCUACUUUUGUGACGAGAACAGAGUGCCAAGUGGGAACCGCUACAUCACCUGUCUGACCAACUCAUCAUGGAGUAAAACUGACUUCAAGUGCAAGGUGGACUGCGGACAGCCUCCUCCCGUCCCCCACGCUAACAGUACGUACAACAGCACAUAUUUGUACGGUAGCGCGACGUAUGAAUGUCUUCGUGGCUACAAGGCAGCUGGGGUCAACGAACAAACAUGUACGGCAAACGGCCAUUGGUCUAAUCACUCGUUCAGCUGCACCGAAGUGCAGUGCGUGGAUCCCGUGGAAGUUGAGCACGUCGUCCACGAGGGGCAGGGGCCGUGGUACAGCGGAGACACGUUACAGCUUCAGUGUGAGGACGGAUUCACAGCAUCCGGCAACAGCCAGGCAUUUUGCGGCAUGGACGGAACAUGGCUUAAUGUCUCAUUACAAUGCACAGAAGCAUUACCCCGUGUCCUGGUUGCCGUAAAGGAAACAGGGAAGUUCCACAUCAUAGAUGUUCGCACCAAGGAGACCGAGGUGUUGCACUUUGAAAGUUCCAAGAGCGUGCAGGACGUUGACUUCUGUCCCUAUCUGAAAAAACUCUUCUGGGUGGAGGAAAAUUCUAUUAAAGCUGCAAACCUUACCGAUACAACUACUGAAAUGGUUGUCAACUCUACAGGCAUCGGGGGCUUUGUGCGCGUUGAUGGACAAAAGAAUUUUGUUUUCUACGCAAUCCGAGGGAAAAAAACAAAACUUAUGCGGCUUAUAAAUGGCAAAGAGAGUAAAACCCUCACAGAAGUGGAUGCACCCCUUGCCUUGGAGAUCGUUACCCAAUCGGAGCUUGUGUACUGGGCGGAGUGGAUCACCGAUAAGCAAAUAAGACGAAUGAAGUACGACGGAACAGAUGUGCAGACGGUCAUCAAGCUGCAUAGGUGCGAUCUGGGACCCUGGGCUGUUCAUAUUGACGAAAACAAGCGGAUGUACUGGAGUGUGAACGAUGAGGUGAAGUACAGUGACGAUAACCAGGACCACAACAAGACCCUCAGCCAGUUCAACAACAUCUGUGACAGCAUAAAAACGUUCCGCAACAUGGUGUUUGUCAGCUGCACCAACGACACGACAGUAAGAUUGCACGUCAACGGGACAAUGCAGGCUCCGCUAUCCCUGAACGACCACUUCUCCGGGGAGAAGUUCAUCACUAUCAUACCGUGAUAACAUUGGAAAAAUGGGCCAUACCAGGGGGAGACAACCACAGCACUGUAUUCAGGUGGCGUCUUGGCAGCUGCACUGGUCCACUACUGUAUGGCGAUUUCCCGUCUUAACUUUUACUACAAUGUGAUCUCCCUUCCGCCAUGCGCUGACAUCAGUUGUAUCGAAACACCCUGACCUGCUACCUGGGAAACAUGCACCACGGUGCACAGCCCAAGGAGCCCGGACCUGCCUGUGCGGGGGUACAUGAACAGCAGUUACCAGCUACAAUCUGCAGGAACUACAACCAUGGCCAGCUGUUCUGGUUCAGCUAAUUCAUCUUGUUGUUGAAAAUUGUACUCCUAUAUUGUCAGCACCACUUAAACCUCCCACAACUGUCAGCUCUACACAGAUGCUUAACAGGGAUG